AUGGAAACCACGCUCCUCCGGGUCCGGGGCAAUGGCCGCCUCCUGCCCUUCUUCCUUCUCUUGCUCGCUGCCGCCGAUUUCACGGCGGUGCAGGGCCAGCAGGGGCAGCAGCAGCAAGGGCCAUACCCGCAGAGCUUCAGCCCGUCCAUGGCCAUCGUCAUCGUCGUGCUCAUCGCCGCCUUCUUCUUCCUCGGCUUCUUCUCCAUCUACGUCCGCCACUGCUUCGGCGACGGCUCGGGCGGCGGCUACUCCGCGAAUAACCCGGCGGCUCCCAACGGCGCAGCCGCGCGCUCGCGGCGCCAGCAGCGCGGGCUCGACGCGGCCGUGCUGGAGUCCUUCCCGACCAUGGCGUACGCCGACGUGAAGGCGCACAAGGCCGGCAAGGGCGCGCUCGAGUGCGCGGUCUGCCUCAGCGAGUUCGACGACGACGAGACGCUGCGCCUGCUGCCCAAGUGCUCCCACGUCUUCCACCCGGACUGCAUCGACACGUGGCUCGCCUCGCACGUCACCUGCCCCGUCUGCCGCGCCAACCUCGUCCCCGGCGCCGACGACAACGCCCAGCCGGCCGACGACGAUGCGCCUGAGCUGCAGCUGCCGCCGGCGGCUCCCGCGCAGGAGCUGCCGUCGCCCACAGCCGCGCCGCCAGCGGCUGCUGCUGCGGUGGUCAUUGACGUGGAGGAGACAGAGGAGGAGAGGAUCAUCAGAGAGGAGACCGACGAGCUGAUGCGCAUCGGCAGCGUGAAGCGCGCGCUGCGCUCCAAGUCCGGCCGCGCGCCCGCACGGUUCCCGCGCUCGCACUCCACAGGGCACUCGCUCGCAGUCGCAGCGUCUGCCACCACCGGCACCGGCACCGGCGCCGGCGCCGGCACCGAGAGGUUCACGCUGCGUCUGCCCGACCACGUGCUCCGGGACCUCGCCGCGGCGGGGAAGCUCCAGCGCACCACGAGCCUAGUCGCGUUCCGCUCCAGCCGCGGCGGCAGCACGCGCCGUGGCGUCAGCGUCAGGACUGGGGCCGGCGGCGGCGAAGGCAGCAGCCGCGCCGGGAGGAGCAUCCGGCUGGGCCAGUCAGGGCGGUGGCCGUCGUUCCUGGCGCGGACGUUCUCCACGAGGCUUCCCGCAUGGGGGUCGCGGUCGACGCGGAGGGGCGCCGAGACGGACGGGUCGAGCAAGGGCGGCAGGGCGGCCGGCGUCGCCGGCGCAACAGGCGCCAAGUCAGUGGAACAGGACGACCAGGCGUGCGCGCCUGGACAACGUGUUUGA